UUGGGGGUCUUGUUUCUUGUCUCCGGUCCUCUGGUUUGAUUGUGUCGGACCCUCCCAGUCCCUCCCAGUCCUCCCAGUCCCUCCCACCGCCGUGCAGAGUCCUCCUCACUGGUCUGCUCUCCACAGCCACCGCUCCUAAAACCUGCCUUUCUAUUCUGUCCAUUCUAGCAGAAAGAGAAAGAGAGAAAGAGAGAGAGAGAGAAAAGGGGAGUUUAUUUUUCCUUCCUUGAACCGGAUUGAUUUUUCUUUUUCUUUUUUUCUUCUGGAUUUGUUUCCUUCCUCUUCCUCUUCCUCCAGAGCUCAUGCGUCCUCCGCCAGUUCAAACAAACUGGUUUUAGAAACCCAGUGGUGGUGGUGGGGAGGGUUUGGGGGACAUUUGAAGACCUUUUUCUUUAUUCCCAGUCUGUCAAUCAUCUUUCCACCACUGCAGUUGUCAACUUGUGAAAUGGACAAACCCCUCUGAAGGCUCUGCGAGAGACGCUCUGCCUCCCCGGACACCACGCACCGACACUGGACGUGAUUUGGCACCAGGACCCCCCUACUGGAGAGACCAGAACAUGUUUACUCCCCUGUUUCCAUGGUAACCCGAGAGGAGCAUGCACGUCCGGAUCAGGAGUUAACCUCAGCGCUCAUCUGCUCUGCCUGCCUACCUGUGAGAACCACACUACCCACAAUUCCUGUGAACUGACGGCCCAGUCUGACGCCUAGAUCGAUUUUAAUAAAACAAACGGGAAAAAAAAGACACAACAGAGGGACAAAAAAAACUACAAAAACAACACUAACCACACUGCCGACAUGGCCAACAACACGGCGGACCACCCUCCGGGGAAUUCGGUCGCAGAGGGCAACCAUGACGGGGACUUUGGGGUGACGGUGAUGGAUCUGAGGGAGCUGAUGGAGCUGCGGAGCGCCGAGGCCGUCAGCAAGAUUCAGGAGACGCACGGAGACGUGCAGGGCAUCUGCCGCCGCCUGAAGACAUCGCCUAUAGAAGGUCUGUCUGGUAACCCCGUUGACUUGGAGAAACGUCACACGUCGUUUGGAAAGAACUUCAUCCCCCCCAAGAAGGCCAAGACGUUCCUGCAGCUGGUGUGGGAGGCUCUGCAGGACGUCACGCUCAUUAUUCUGGAAAUCGCUGCCAUCAUCUCGCUGGGCCUGUCCUUCUACCAUCCACCAGGGGGCGACAGUGAAGCAUGUGGCGAGGUCGCAGGUGGCGUGGAGGACGAGGGCGAGUCCCAGGCCGGUUGGAUCGAGGGCGCCGCCAUCCUGUUCUCGGUCAUCAUCGUCGUCCUGGUGACGGCCUUCAACGACUGGUCCAAGGAGAAGCAGUUCCGCGGGCUGCAGAAUCGUAUCGAGCAAGAGCAAAGGUUUACCGUCAUUCGCAAAGGCCAGGUGAUCCAGAUCCCCGUGGCCGAGAUCGUGGUGGGAGACAUCGCUCAGAUCAAAUACGGAGACCUGCUGCCUGCUGACGGGAUCCUGAUCCAGGGCAACGACCUGAAGAUUGACGAGAGCUCUCUGACUGGAGAGUCCGAUCAAGUCCGAAAGUCUUUGGAGAAGGACCCCAUGCUGCUGUCCGGGACCCAUGUGAUGGAGGGAUCAGGCAGGAUGGUGGUGUCAGCCGUCGGCCUCAACUCUCAAACUGGCAUCAUCUUCACUCUGCUGGGCGCCGGAGAGAACGAAGAAGAGAAGAAGGUCAAGAAAAGUAAAAAACAAGGACCCCCCGAAAAUCGCAACAAAGCCAAAACCCAGGACGGCAUCGCCCUGGAGAUCCAGCCGCUGAAGAGCGAGGAGGCCACCGAGUCGGAGGAGAAGGAGGAGAAAGAGGAGGUCAAACCAGUGAAGAAGGUCAACGUGACCAAGAAGGAGAAGUCGGUGCUGCAGGGCAAACUGACCAAACUGGCCGUGCAGAUCGGGAAAGCUGGUCUGAUCAUGUCGGCUGUGACCGUCAUCAUCCUCAUCCUCUACUUUGUGAUCGACAACUUCGGGAUCCAGGGUCGCUCCUGGGUGGCCGAGUGCACCCCCAUCUACAUCCAGUACUUCGUCAAGUUCUUCAUCAUCGGCGUGACGGUGCUGGUGGUGGCCGUUCCUGAGGGGCUGCCUCUUGCCGUCACCAUCUCUCUGGCCUACUCCGUCAAGAAAAUGAUGAAGGACAACAACCUGGUGCGUCACCUGGACGCCUGUGAGACCAUGGGCAACGCCACGGCCAUCUGCUCCGACAAGACGGGCACGCUGACCAUGAACCGGAUGACGGUGGUGCAGGCGUACAUCGGUGACACGCACUACAAAUCCGUCCCCGAACCCGACGCCCUCAAACCAGACACUCUGGAAGUUAUGAUCAACAGCAUCUCCAUCAACUCGGCGUACACCACCAAGAUCCUGCCUCCGGAGAAAGAGGGCGGCCUUCCUCGCCACGUGGGCAACAAGACGGAGUGUGCUCUGCUGGGCAUGGUACUGGAGCUGAAGAGGGACUACCAGCCGAUCAGAGAUGAGGUCCCAGAAGAGAAACUCUACAAGGUUUACACCUUCAACUCCUCCCGCAAGUCCAUGAGCACGGUGCUGAAGAACGCUGACGGAGGUUACCGCAUGUACAGCAAAGGAGCGUCGGAGAUCGUCCUCAGAAAAUGCUCCCGUAUCUUGGACGCCCAGGGUCAGGCUCGCGUCUUCAAGCCGAAGGACCGUGACGAGAUGGUGCGAAAGGUGAUCGAGCCGAUGGCGUGCGACGGUCUGAGGACCAUCUGCGUGGCCUACAGGGACUUCCCCGCCGAGGCCGGAGAGCCCAACUGGGAGAACGAGAACGACAUCCUGAACGAGCUCACCUGCAUCGUCGUGGUCGGCAUCGAGGACCCCGUCAGACCUGAGGUACCUGAGGCUAUUACCAAGUGCCAGCGUGCAGGCAUCACCGUCCGUAUGGUUACCGGGGACAACAUCAACACGGCCCGCGCCAUCGCAUCCAAGUGUGGCAUCCUGCUGCCCGGAGAGGACUUCCUGUGCAUGGAGGGAAAAGAGUUCAACCAGCAGAUCAGAAACGACCAGGGAGAGGUGGAACAAGAGCGUCUGGACAAAGUUUGGCCCAAACUACGUGUUCUGGCUCGUUCCUCUCCGACAGACAAACACACUCUGGUCAAAGGUAUCAUCGACAGCCUGGUGGGUGAAACCCGGCAGGUGGUGGCGGUGACAGGAGACGGUACCAACGACGGCCCCGCUCUCAAGAAAGCUGACGUUGGCUUCGCCAUGGGAAUCGCCGGCACAGACGUGGCCAAGGAGGCGUCCGACAUCAUCCUGACCGACGACAACUUCACCAGCAUCGUCAAGGCCGUGAUGUGGGGGAGGAACGUCUACGACAGCAUCUCAAAGUUCCUGCAGUUCCAGCUGACCGUCAACGUGGUGGCCGUGAUCGUGGCGUUCACCGGCGCCUGCAUCACUCAGGACUCCCCUCUGAAGGCCGUCCAGAUGCUGUGGGUCAACCUCAUCAUGGACACCCUGGCGUCUCUCGCUCUGGCCACCGAGCCGCCCACCGAGUCUCUGCUGCUGCGUAGACCGUACGGCCGCAACAAGCCGCUCAUCUCCAGGACCAUGAUGAAGAACAUCCUGGGUCACGCCGUCUACCAGCUCACCAUCAUCUUCACCCUGCUCUUCGCUGGCGAGUCCAUUUUCGACAUUGAUAACGGACGUAACUCUCCCCUUCACUCGCCGCCGUCGGAGCACUACACCAUCGUGUUCAACGUGUUCGUCAUGAUGCAGCUCUUCAACGAGAUCAACGCCAGGAAGAUCCACGGAGAGAGGAACGUGUUCGAGGGCAUCUACAGGAACCCCAUCUUCUGCAGCGUCGUCCUGGGGACCUUCGCCCUACAGAUCGUCAUCGUUCAGUUCGGAGGGAAGCCGUUCUCCUGCACGGCUCUGACCAUCGACCAGUGGCUGUGGUGUGUCUUCAUCGGUGUCGGAGAGCUGCUGUGGGGACAGCUGAUCUCGGCCAUCCCCACCCACCACCUGAAGUUCCUGAAGGAAGCAGGUCACGGCACCACGAAGGAGGAGAUGCACGAGGAGGAGCUGACGGAGGGCGCCGACGAGAUCGACCACGCCGAGAUGGAGCUGAGGAGAGGCCAGAUCCUCUGGUUCAGAGGCCUGAACCGCAUCCAGACUCAGAUUAAGGUGGUGAACGCGUUCCGUAGCUCCCUGUACCCGCUGGAGAGCCCAGAGUCCCGUAGCUCCAUCCACAGCUUCAUGGCCCAUCCCGAGUUCGUCCCCCAGUCCGAGGAGGAGGCCCGCAACCCCAUCAUGGAGGAGACCGGAGACGAGAUCGACCCCCCCCCAGCGCCGCCUCCUCCUCCGGGGGCGGCGGCCGGAGGCGGAGGAGGAGGAGAGCCGCCCAGCAGCUUCCCACGCAGCUGCGAGUCAUCCAUCUGAGCUCCUCCAUCCUCCUCCUCCUCCUCCUCCUCCACCUCCCUCCUCUUUUGUCAGCAUCAUCUGUCAUCCCACCAACUGAACUGUCGCACUGAGGAGGGAAGUCGCUCUGCAUCCCGUCAUCCUGCACACACACACACACACACACACACACACACACACACACACACACGCUCGCGCAUCACAUCGUCUCCACCCCCCAGUCAUUCCUGCCACAUUGUGUCUUUCAUAAACUGUGGCGUCGUUCUGCCUGUAAGUUUGUUCUUCCACCUCCAUCAUCACCACACACGCACACACAUACGUAUGAGAAGGUGGAGUCCAAAGUCUCCACCGUGGAAGUCCCGUCUUUUGUCCAUUCAUGUAUAUUUUUUAACCUUGAUGAUCAUUUUGAGAAAAUCUUUUUAAACUACGUUGGGUUCGAUCUUCGCGGGACUCGCAGCAGCAUGUCGUGUUUCUGUAACUUGCUUCAUUCCGGUGUAACGCUCUCAAAAAACGGCACAGAACUUUUCAAAGAGUGCAGUGAUGCCCGUGUACAUACGCUUCUUUUCUUUCUCCGCUCCUCUACACAGCUAACAGCCGGGGUUUUGGUGAUCAGAAGAUUUCUUUUUUUUAAGGCAAAAUGCAAAAAUGUAACCUUUUUUUGUUUUUGUUUGUUUUUGUUUGUUUUUAAAAAAAACCUCUAAAGAAUGUUAAUUGAUGGUUGAUUCAAACGCCUGAGAAUGUCUUGUGAGUGUGACACUACAGUGUUCAAGGUUCAACUGUUAAAAAGAAAUGUUCUUCCCUUUAUCGUGUCUGUAUGUGUUGCUUUUUUUUCUUUUUUUUUAUCAGCCGUGCUGCAUGUUGAAGGACAGAAUGUUUACUACCCCAAAAAUAGCUAACACGGCGGCGUCCAGAGGGGGCUGGCUCUCUGCUCGGUGGGGGUCCGACCUCAUCUCAUCCAGUCUAGGUUCUGGUUCUCUCUGCCCCCCCCCACUGCGUCCACAGUGUCGACAGGAAACAGGAGCGUGGCUCUUGUUCAGUAGGAUGCAUGUUGUGUUUCAUUCGUGUUGAGUCGCAUGAUAAUUUAGGGAAUGAAUAUUUGGGAUUCUGUUUUUUCGACGGCCGUAUGUGUUUAUCUGCAGCAGCUUCUUGUCAGAACAACUUUAACUUCCUGUCUGUAGGACUGAACUUCCUGUUACCACAAAAGGACAGAAAACAGACUCAUCAGUUCUCACAUACAGUUUCUGUCGCCGUAGUCUGCGGCUUCAGUUCGUUUAGGUCGAACAAAUGGAAAGAAACUAAACCAGAAUACUUCAUAGAUGAGGCAUUCAAUGUCUCAAGGUCUCCUUCCUCUUCCCCUCCUCUGACAGGCUCAUAUUAGAUAAGACCCGCCCACUUGAGGUGUGACGACCAAUCAAAAGUGACAACCUGUGACCGUGACACUGUGAGGCGACCCCCCCCCGCUAAAAAACUGCCCACUGUGCCGCUAAGUGUAAUUUGGAUCAGAGCCGACGAAACAUUUAGCUCUCCGACCUGAACACUACUGCCAUUCAUCUCUUUGCCUCUUCAAAAUAAAAGCCCUAGAGUUCGAUGCUUUCUACUGCUGCUUAUUUAGAUCUGUGUUGCAGCUAACCUUGCACAACCAGAACGCGGACCAAUUGCUGGCAGCUAGGCACGAAGUUCAGGUGUGUGUGAGACGACACGGAGAGGCAACUGUUAGCUGAAAGAGGUUAGCAUCGAUGCAGCAAUUGCGUCAGGUAUAUCAGAACUGGAGAGUAUUUCUUUUUGCCAUUUUCCAAACAUUUUAGAAGAAGGCUUCUCAGAUGGUUCUCGGCAGUAAACCAUCAUGUUAGGUUGCAGUUGCACCACACUUAGAAAGGUUUCCCAGACGCAUCUUGAAGCUCUUCCUGGUGGUUUUCUAAGUGUUCCCAGACCAGUUUGGAUACAUAAUCCCCACAGUGUGUUCUGGAUCUGCUGGGGGUCUGAAGGUAGAUCUCAGUUUGCAGAGGGUCCAGAGGGGAACCGCUCCAGUAUCGAUGCGUCUGUUUUUUUCCGCUCACAGUGCAGGACGUUCAAUCCAGACAGGAAGUUGAUGGAUCUCUGAACAGCGUCUGGACCGUCUCUGUGUUUGAGACAAAUCUUAGUACCGGUUCUGACGUUUCUGUUCCCCUCGUUGAACUAAAUCAGUGACAUCACACAGCCAGCAGCAGAGAAGGUGUUUGAUCAUCAUCAUCAUCAUCAUCAUCUUCGUCAUCAUGCCUCUCCCACUGUGCUGUGUUUGAUUGGCGAUUAAUAGGAGACUGAUGAUGUCACCGGUCAGCCUGUAUAGUUAAAAUCCACUGUGUGAGUCACCGCCGCCGCCGCCGCCGCUCAGUACUUCCUGCCUGCCGUUGUCCACAGAUUACCGUCUUAAAAAGAGGAAGGACUCAUCUUCCAAUCAGAAGCAGCGAUGUGUGUGUAAUCCCCGUCUUAGUCUGACUAGCAGCCAUCAUCCCGUGUGCUACUACUGCCAUAUUUCCAACUUUUUGUCAUGACUAGGUUCUUCCUCUCCCCUCUGAUGAGCUUUUUCUAUGUAACUCAGAGCCAUAUUUUAUAGGUUGUCUGUAUUGUUUUUUUAUCUCAUUGUUAUCGAGGUUUCCUUUGGACUUUCUCCCCCCCCCUCCCUCCCACACACACCUCCUCCCUCCCACGGCCCCCCUUUUACUCCAAACACGACCAAAAAGCAAAGGAGAAAAAUCUUCAGUCGUCACUGCCGAACUAAGUUUAAAGGACCUCUACAAUGUUUACAUGAAAAAGCGAGUGGGUGGCAGUCUGCCUGCACUUAUCUCAUCCGACCACUUCCCUUUCAUUCCCUUGCUUUCCUGAAUCUUAGAGUUACUAUUUAACUGAAUGGGGAAUCUUUCUUGCAUGGUUUUCAUAUAAAAUUCAAUGUUUUGCUCAUUUUUUACAAUUCUUCUGUAUUUUUAUAUUAAGUACUUUUUAAUAUUUUGGAGAUAUAUGAAUAUAUAUGUAUAGGCUGAAGAGCUUGGUGACAGUACAGUACAUGAAUGAGAUGAAUCUAACGUGGACUCUGUCUUUUUACAGCUCUCUCUAAUAUUUAUGCCACGUGUGUCAUCUUGGUCACCUGAUGUUAGGGCUCAGAAACCUGCAGUGACUUGUUUACUUCCUGUCGGCCGCUCAAUUGGAAUCUCAACAGUCUAGUCUCAUCGGCCCCCUUUUGACAUGAGUAUAUUCACUUAAUCUAAGAUGUUGUGACACACUACACGCUAUGUGAUUUCGCAGUUAUCCAACUCCAUUAGAGUGCAGCCAAUGCAAGGUGAAUCAAACAUUAAAUGGGAGUGUAUAAUUAUUUAUCCAA